UGAAGUUAAAACAAACACUUGUAAAAUGACACUUCUUAUUUGCUUUAGAUAAUCUAAUAAUUUAAAAUUUAAUUUAAAUGGUUAAACAACGUGUUUUAAAUUUGAUUGGUUAGAUUCUUAAUUUUAUACAAAAUUUUUAUCAGCUAGCUCUAACUCGGAAUUAAGAAUUAUAAAAUGAAAGAAGCAAGUACGAAUACCUCAAACAGCUUUCCAUUAGAAUACUGGGAGCUAACUUGGUAUUCAUUGAUUACGGUUUUAGGAAUAAUUGGAAAUGGCAUUGUAAUGAUUGUUAUACUUUUAUCUAAAAAUAUUGAUCGCACAUCAUUGUUUCAUAUUGCCAUAUUUUCAUUAGCACUUGCUGACUUUAUGGUCUCUUUAUUUAGCUUACCAACUUAUAUUAUGUCAACAGAUAGCUUUCAAAAGUAUCAUCCUCAAAACAUUAGUGGUGAUUUGAUGUGUAAAUUUAUUACCAGUUAUUUUUUGCCGUAUUGGUUUUUAGGUGCUUCAAUUUUUUUACUCGUAUUUAUUUCAAUAGAGAGACGGAACGUAAUAUUGUAUCAAAAAUCUUUAUUGUUUCAACAUAAAUCUACAAAGUUUAAAAUUGCAAUAAUGGCUUUAAUUUUCUUCCUUGCCUUGAUCAAAGAACUUUUAGGAGAUUUGUUUAUCAAAUAUGAUCCAAAAAAUAAUGAAUACGGAAGUUUUUGUGGAUACGAAAGUAAAUUUCAUUCGAACGAAAUACACUUUCGUAUAAUCCGAAAACUUGUCAUUUUUAUUUUAGACACAGUAAUACCUGUUGUUAUUGUUUCUUAUUGUUUUUACCAAAUCUCUUUAACUCUUGAAAAAAUUGGAGUCUUUCUUGGAAAAGCUAUGAAAGUCAAUAAAAUUGAUAUUAUACAUAUUCGUAAAGUCAAAACAAUAAAAACAAUCAAAAUAAUAGCAGUUGCUUUUUGCAUUUGUAUUUUACCGAACAGAAUACUUUUUUUACUCACUUUUGCAAAUGUACCAUUAUUGCGUUGGAAUUAUCCGAUCUCACAAGUUUUUGUUUUAAUGCGAUUAUCAAAUUCUUUUAUAAACCCUUUAAUAUUCUGUUUUCAGAGUAAAGAGUUUAGGAAAAACUUGUCAAUCGUGUUUUACCGGUUUUGCAAACGAAAAUCUAAAAUAUCACGUGGAGGAAAACAACAAUCAAACAGCUACAAACCGUUACCAGACAUGGCUUUUUAAUAUUAUACCCUAUCUUCGGACUUAUAUAUAAUAAUAAUAAUAAUAUUAAUGAUACUAAUAAU